CGGCGGUCUUUUUCGACAAGUUGGGGCCGCCAGGUUGUGGAGAGCGCUCGUCUUUUGUUUUUUCGCAGCUACCGCUGCCAGGAAACCGGCUCGCACCCAACCGCGCGCACAGCUGCGCGCCCAACAAUAGCCAGGAAACAUCGCCCGAGCCAAAGAAACCAAUCCAGACAAAGCGCGCGCGCUUGCUCGCGGCAAUCAUCUAGAGGCGUUUUCUGCAACUGCGGGCCGCCAAGUUGCAGACGCAGGCCUCUUGUCAUUUUCCCGGGCGCGUCGUGCUCUCGCCCAUGCCGGCCAACCCCCGCCAUGACUCUGCGAACCCAGCAGGAGCCGCCAGAGUCUCUGUGA